UGAAGCUGAUUUUGAAUAUCCGAAUUAGUUGUAGGCAUAAUAAUAAUAGUCGACUGAGGAGAACUAAUAUUAAUACCAAACGAAUUAAGCAGAGGAAGGAUAUUAGAUUGAGAUGAAUCACUAGGUUGAUUUUGUUGCGGAAGUGAAACGUUAUUGGACGUGGAUUGCUGCUGAUUGUUAUUAUGAGGAAUAUUGUUUGAAUCGUGAUGAUUAUUAUCAUUAGAAAUAGUAACGUUAUUGUUUGACGUGGGUUGUUGAUAAUUGUUAUCAGGAGUAAUAGUAGUGUUGUUAGGAAUGCCGGGUUGAUGAGUAUGUUGAUAUUGUUGCUGAUGAUUAUGAUUAGGCGAAGCGACAUUGGUGUUGUUGUUCAACAUGGAUUGUUGUUGAGAUUGUUGAUCAAAAAUCGCAUUAUUAACAUUAUUACUAUAUGUGGCAUGCGUAUAUGUAUCGUAUGUAUCGUAUGCCUGCGUAGCAGUUGUUGUUUGCAAAUUAGAUUCGUGGACAUUGCUAUUAAAAUUGUUUGGUGAUGAAUUAUUAAUAUUCAUAGUUUUCUUUUUGCUAUCGAGUUAUAUUGAUAUAAAAUAAAUGAGGUAUCAAUUUUUCAGAACGAAUUAUUGCUUCCAGAGUUUG